AUGCAACGUUGGUUUUUUUUAGAAGAUCGCAAGCGACCAAAAUACCGAGUUCCUCAAAAAAUAAAGGAACGGAAGGAAGAAGAAAUGGCCGAAUUACUCUUUCAACAAUGGGUUUUUUCUGUUACUGCACCAGAUAUUGAACCCAGAGAAAUAGUAUUCAUUACAGGCAAUAUUCAUGAACUUGGUGAGUGGGAAGUCAAGAAGAUAGUUUAUCUUGAAAAAAGAGAAGGCACAUUUUUGUGGUCAAAAACUGUACAAAUCCCUAAUACUCGUGAUGUGCUCUAUCGUUAUGGUGUAGGAGUUAUAAACAAUGAAACCAAUGAAUUUAUAAUCCGCAAGUGGGAAACUAACAUCAAACCAAGAAUUAUUAGAGAAUCUGACUUACAUCCAACAAUUGAUGAGUUUGGUAACUAUGCUAAGCUAUCAUCUCUCACUAGAGGGUGGCUUACUACUCAAACAUUGGUGCAGUUUAAAUUUCUCAAUAACCCUCUAAAACUUCGGAAUCGUCUCUCUGGAAGGCCCAUGCAUAUUAAAGUUACACCGGUGAAGUUAUCCUUUGGGAAUGAGUCUCAAGUAGAUGAUUCAUCACUUAAUGCAGAUGUAAGUGACAAUGAUAUACCUUAUACAUGCUUUGUUGAGGUUGCUACACUUGAUAAUGACCAAUCUCUUUGUCUUCUGCAACCACAAGGGCAAUUUGGAAGGGAAUAUAGACCAGAUGAUGUGAUAAUAGUGAAUAUGACUGUCUCAGACCAUAAAGCUCUGGCUUAUCUUGUGGAUAUAUAUUCUUUUAGUAACCAUGCUUCAAUUGAAAAUACUCCAUGCCAUGUGGGGUAUACAUAUGUGUUACCGAACAUGUUUAAGCCCUCAGAGGGGAUGAUACAGUUACCUGUAACAUGUAAUGUUAAACAUCGCCCCCUAGGUACUAUAGAUAUAGAAUAUUUAAUUAUUUAUCCUAUGACAGAGGGCAAUAACAAUUUUGAAGUCUCCUAUAGCAAGUUCUGGUCCAAAACCUGGACUGGCUUAGAAGUUGGACACCGUGGUUUAGGUGCAAGCUUUAAAACUAGAGGUCACACUAUACGUGAAAAUACAAUUGCUUCCCUCAAAAAGGCAGCAUUAAGUGGUGCAGACCUACUUGAAUUUGAUGUGCAAUUAAGCAAAGAUAUGGUACCAGUUAUUUAUCACGAUUUUCAUGUGUGUAUAUCAUUGAAAAGAAAGAAGGAAAUUGAACGCCUAGAAAUGUUGGAACUGCCUGUGAAGGAUUUGACAUUGGAACAGCUACACAAAUUAAAGGUUUACCAUUUAGUGGAAGGUCGCACUCAUGAACCAAUGGUUUUUGAUGAAGAUACUGAUGAACAUCAACCAUUCCCUACUUUGCAACUUGCUUUAGAGACCAUUCAAGAAGACGUAGGUUUUAAUGUUGAGUUAAAGUGGACCAUGGAGAUGAAAGACGGCACCUUCGAACUCAAUAAUCCUUUUGAUAUGAAUAUUUACGUCGAUAAGGUAUUGGAAGUUGUGUUACAACACGCUGGCGACCGUCGCAUCGUAUUUUCGUGUUUCAAUCCAGAUAUUUGUACUAUGGUCAGAAACAAACAAAAUAAAUAUCCUAUCAUGUUUUUGACUGUUGGUGUUUCAGAACGAUAUGAGCCCUAUCGUGAUCCUCGAUGCUUAUCCAUACCAGCUGCUGUGCAGUGCGCAGUGAGUGCUGAUAUAUUAGGAAUAGUUGUGCACACUGAAGAUUUGCUCAGGGACCCCACUCAGGUACAAUUGGCAACAAACGCUGGUCUAGUCAUAUUUUGUUGGGGUGACGAUAACAACGACAAAGAUACCAUUAAGAAGCUGAAGUCGUUGGGUCUGCACGCUGUGAUAUACGAUAGGCUGGAUCAGUACACUACGAAAGAAGUUAAGGAGAGUAUAUUCCUGGUGGAGGCAAGAGAAUCGCAGCGGGAACUUAUGAAGAUGGCUGCAUGUGGAACUUUUCCUCCUACAACUGAUAGCACUUCAGAGCCGGCUAUCUCUAUACAUACACAUGAUCCAACAACAGCAUUCGUCGACCUGGAAUAUCUUCGCAGAAAAAUUGGUAAUACCUCCACAGCAACGUCGUUGGAGUCGCUCGCCUCUUCUAUGGAUCUAAGAGAUGAGUUUGAACAACUUCAAAAAGAAAGGGAAUUGAUUGUAGCUAUCGGUAAAGAGUCCCAGUUAAAAGAACAAGUGAAUAUAUUUAAAGAUUCAUUUCCAGCAUGUUCCAGUAAAAGACCACGUAAUCAGUGA